AUGGCACCUCAACUCGAUGGCUACUUCAAGCAGGUAGAUUCUUUGUCGGAUCAUUUUAUCGAAAGACUUCGCAAAGCAGUUGCCAUUCCAUCUGUUUCCGCAGAUGAAGAACGAAGGCCCGAUGUUGUUCGCAUGGGAGAGUUCUUAGCUGAUGAGCUCACUGCACUUGGCGCCCAAGUCGAAAAGCGACCACUGGGGAAGCAACCUGGAAUGGAGCAUUUAGAACUUCCCCCCGUAGUAAUCGCGCGAUAUGGGAAUGACAAGAAGAAACGCACCAUUCUCGUCUACGGUCAUUACGAUGUGCAACCUGCCGGAAAAGAAGACGGCUGGGCCACAGAACCAUUCGAGCUUACUAUUGAUGAUAAAGGAAGAAUGUAUGGCAGAGGCAGUACGGAUGAUAAGGGUCCGGUUCUUGGUUGGCUCAAUGCAAUUGAAGCCCAUCAGAAAGCUGGUGUUGACUUCCCAGUCAAUCUCUUGAUGUGCUUCGAAGGAAUGGAAGAAUACGGUUCAGAAGGCUUGGAUGAUUUCAUUAAAGAGGAGGCCGAUAAAUUUUUUGCAGACACCGAUGCUGUGUGUAUUUCCGAUAACUACUGGCUGGGUACCGAGAAGCCAUGCCUUACUUAUGGUCUUCGCGGUUGCAGUUAUUAUUCCAUUGAAAUUUCAGGUCCCGGCCAAGAUCUCCACAGUGGAGUCUUUGGAGGUACUGCUCAAGAGCCGAUGACUGAUUUGGUGAGAGUGCUUGGUAAACUAGUAGACACGAAUGGCAAGAUUCAGAUACCAGGCUUGGCUGAACUUGUUGCCCCCCUCACAGAUGAGGAGAAAUCCCUUUACGGUGAUAUCGCAUUCACAAUGGACAACCUACAUGAAUCGUUAGGUAGCCAGACAACCAUCCACAACGACAAGGAGAACACACUUAUGGCCCGUUGGAGAUACCCAUCGCUCUCAGUCCACGGUAUUGAGGGUGCAUUCUCUCAGCCUGGUGCCAAGACAGUUAUUCCAGCCAAAGUGACGGGAAAGUUCUCUAUUCGAACUGUUCCAAAUAUGGAACCCGAGGAUGUGGAUCGCCUCGUUUUCAAGUAUGUCGACGAAGAAUUUAAAAAACUAGGCAGCAAGAAUACUAUGCGAUGCUUCUUACAACAUGCUGGUAAGUGGUGGGUCGCCAGUCCAAAGCACUGGAACUUUUCAAGCGCUGCAAAAGCUGUUGAGAGAGUCUGGGGUGUCAAGCCUGACUUGACUCGAGAGGGAGGGAGUAUUCCCGUCACCUUGACUUUUGAACAGGCCACUGGCAAGAAUGUCCUCCUCCUACCCAUGGGUAGCUCUACUGACGCAGCCCAUUCAAUAAACGAGAAGUUGGACAAGAGAAACUAUAUUGAGGGUAUCAAGUUGUUGGGCGCAUAUUUGCAUUAUGUGGCCGAGGAACCGAUGGUAGAGCAAUAA